AUGCAUGACAUUUUAUUUAUAAAUUUAUUUUUUUUUAAUUUUUUUCUUUUUAUUAUUCUCUUUGAUUUUCCUUUUCUUUUCUUUUGUUUUUCUUUUUUUUUCUUUCUUUUAGUUUUUUCAUUUUUUGCUUAUGUUUUUUUCAUUUUAUAUUUUUCUUUCAUCUUUCCCUUUGAUAGUAUUUAUCUAAUCAUAUUUUUAUUUUUUUUACCCUGUUUUCUUCUUCAUUCGCAUUUUUCUUUAAUUUUAUUAGCAUCUUCUUCAAAUUAUUUCAUUUCUAUUUAUUAUCAUUAUCUUUCUCUCGGUUUUUUUCUUAUUUUCUCAAUUCGUUGUCUGUUUUAUUUCUUCUCUUUUUUCCUUUUAUCUUUCUUUUACCCGCCUCUUUAUUCUUUGAUUAUUCUCUUUUAUUUUCUUCUUCCUACUCAUAUCUCAUUAUUCUUAUUUUCAAUUCUUGUAUUAAGAUUAAAUUCCAUUCAUUCGUUUUCUGUGAUUUAUUUAAUGAGUAAUUAUAUUUUUUCAUUUAAUUUCUGUUCAUUAUCAGUUUUAUUUUAUUCAUUUUCGUUUUCUUCUUCAUUUUUUCACUCGUUAAUUUCUUUCUUUAAUUUUCCUUCUCUCCCUCGUUGA